CUGAUGGGAUUGGAUUAAAGUGUUUCUCCUCUUGGAUACUUUGAGUAGCUGACACGGAUCUGCGUUAUCAGUGGGUCCUGCGUGCACGUCGUGCUGUCUCUAUCGGCUUUUCGUCGGUGAUGGAAAACACUCGCUGCUUUGCCAACCGUUUCUCCGACUACAAAGGUGCGCUGCUCCCGGGCCAGGGCGCCGAAGCUGCCGUGCCCGUCGUGGUCGCCAGCAUAGAUAAAAUCCUUCAAACUGUUCCCAUCGACCUCAGCGACUGCGACGGAGGGCUAUACGAUGGGCCGGCCGGGGUGGCUUACAUGCUGUAUCACGUCAGCGAGUUCCCGCUGUUCUCUGAGUACCGGGAUGUCUACCUGAAGACGGCCAAGCAGAUCAUCGACAUGUCGGUCAGAUACGUGGAUGCGGAACCGGACAAAAACAUGCGUGCCGCCUUCCUGCUCGGCGGGGCGGGCAUCUACGCUGUGGCCGCUAUGAUCUACAAGUCCCUGGGCUUGGCUGAUUUCGUGAAGCCGCUGACUAAAUUCCGUAACCUGUGGGAGGUGUGCGCUCCCAUCCAUUUUCUGGAGUGCGGCUCGGAUGAGCUGUUUGUAGGGCGGGCUGGGUACCUGUGCGCCGCCCUGGUCCUCAAACAGAAGCUGGGCAUAGAGAUUCUGAGCAAAGAUCAAAUCAAAUCUAUUUGCCAGGCCAUCAUCGAGUCAGGAAAACAGUAUGCCAGGAAGAAGAGAAAGCCUUUCCCCCUCAUGUACUCGUACUAUGGAACAGAGUACCUCGGCGCAGCCCACGGCCUUUCAUCUGUGCUGCAGAUGCUGUUGAGCUACCAAGACAUGCUCAGUGGGGCUGAAAAGGAUCUGGUGUGGCAGAGUGUUGAUUUCCUCAUGAACCAGGAGCAAAACUGUAACUGGCCUGCAGAGCUGGGAGCCAUCAUCGAAAGGGAGAACGAGUUGGUGCACUGGUGCCACGGAGCCCCGGGUGUGGCGUACCUUUUCGCAAAAGCCUAUCUGAUCAAUAAGAAGCCACAGUACUUGGAUAAAUGCAUUAGAAGUGGAGAACUCGUAUGGCAGAAAGGUCUGCUGAAGAAAGGUCCUGGGAUUUGUCACGGAGUUGCAGGCAGCGCAUAUGUCUUCCUCCUGCUUUAUCGGCUCACAGGCAACUCCAAAUACAUCUACCGUGCUCAGAGGUUUGCAGAGUUCCUCUUCACUGAGGAAUUCAAGGCAGGCUCUCGCUCAGUUACCAGGAUCUACAGUCUGUUCGAAGGCCUGUCGGGGACCGUUUGUUUCCUGGUCGACCUCCUGCAGCCAGACCAGUCAGAGUUCCCUCUGUUCAGUGUCUUUGUGUGAAUGGACUGAAAGGUUACUGCUGUUCACUGACCUGAACAGACCCCGCCCCUUUCCCAGUGAAAUCGCUAAACAACUUAUAGAAACUUUAGAGUCAGGAUUGAUAUUGUGAUCAGAACGAGAGUGGAGGGAUGAAUGUUUUUUGUUUGGGCUUUAGAUCAAUAUCACACAGAGGAAAGUUGCUGUAGAAAAAUUGUCUUUUUUCUGUUUGAAUGUUGAGCUUUGAGGCUUUAUCCGAUGCAUGGCACUCACAAAAACAUUGUCCAUUGUUGUCACUAGUGAUGGAGGUCUAUAUGAGAUGUCCGUUGGGCGUAUACAUCAAUAAAUCUGUUUGGGGACAAAUAACAAAAAACAAAGAUGCUUCUUGUAACUCCAGAUUCGUCUGGGAAUCAUCAAGUUUGCUUCUGUAUCGUAAAAGUAAUGCAGUGAUAGUCGUGAAUGCAUCCAUGGGUACAGUGCAAUAUUUUUAAUGGUGUAAACAAAUGUAGGCUAAAAACAACGCGGCCACAACUAACUCACUGACUCCGCUAACACUAAGCUGUACUUCUUGUUUACAUCACCCAAAGCGCCCAGAUUGUUCCGUCUGUGUGUUGUCGUCUGCUUUAUCAGGGUCACUCUAAGAAAGGAGCCCAGCACUAAAGUACAGAGAUGAGAAACUGAGAUAUUCUUCCAAGAUGCUGCUCUCAGGUCAGAAACACACAAGCUACUUACACAUAAAAGUAAAAGGCAAUCACACCCCAGUCACACACACAAAAAAUCUGCAAACAGAAAAACGAGUGUCACAUAAAUGCCUUUAAAAUUUUUCUACCAGUUCACCAGCUCAGCGUCACAUAUCGCAGACCUUUGAGUUCAUGUCUUUACAUAAUCGCAAACUAUAAAGAUCAUCAAAGCUGGGUGGG